AUGGCUACUCCAGAUAGUAUCAAAGCCGCGAGAGAGGCGGUUGAGAGCAUUGCCACACAACAUGGCCAUGUGGCCGAAGACAAAUUGCGACAAAUUCACCCUGACUUGCGCCGUGAGAUUGAGCAAGCAUUAUUUUCGAAGGAUCUGAUGAUCGGAUCCAGCGUCAUCACACUCGCAAUGAAUCUGUACUCCAGCAAGGCCCGCUUCGUUUUCGAGCUCCUCCACAAUGCCGAUGACAACAAAUACACCAAGGCCUCAAUCUUGGGCUCCAAGCCAUUCGGUUGCCCAAACACCUUCUAA